AGAGCAAGAUGGCAGCGAAAUCCGAUGGUCUGGGGGUCGUCGCCGGCUUCGCCCAGCUGCACAACCUGGACGAGACGGCGGGGGGCUGUGAGGAACCCGACGAGGGCAGCUCCUUGCACAUCUGCCACUGCUGCAACACGUCGUCCUGCUACUGGGGCUGUCGGAGCGCCUGCCUGCGCUACCUCCUGGGGAAGGGGAGGGCAGCCCGGCGGCCGCCGCGGGAGGAGCGCCUGUGGCUGGACUGCCUGUGGAUCGUGCUGGCGCUACUCGUCUUCUUCUGGGACGUGGGCACGGACCUGUGGCUAGCCGCGGACUACUACUCCAAGCGGGACUACGUGUGGUUCGGGCUCACCCUCUUCUUCGUGCUCGUCCCGUCCGUUCUGGUGCAGAUCCUGAGCUUCAGGUGGUUCGUGCAGGAUUACACGGGGGGCGGGCUGGGGACGGUGGAGGGGCUCAGCAGCCGGAGGGCGCCGGCUGGCGUGGGCGGCAUCCGCGGGGGGAACAGGUGCUGCCAGGUGUCGGUGUGGAUCUGGCAGUCCGUCAUUCAUAUUCUGCAGAUGGGACAAGUGUGGAGGUACAUCCGGACCAUGUACCUGGGCAUCCAGAGUCGACGGCAAAAGGAACACCAGCGACGCUUCUACUGGGCCAUGAUGUACGAGUACGCGGACGUGAACAUGCUGCGUCUUCUGGAGACCUUUCUGGAAAGCGCCCCCCAACUGGUGCUACAGCUCUGCAUCAUGAUCCAGAAGAACCACGCAGAGACGCUGCAAUGCGUCUCAUCAGUGGCCUCACUGCUCUCCUUGGCCUGGGUGCUGGCCUCCUACCACAAGCUCCUGCGGGACUCGCGGGACGACACGAAAAGCAUGAGCUACCGGGGGGCCCUGGUGCACAUCUUUUGGCGACUCUUCACUAUCUCCUCGCGGGUGCUCUCCUUCGCCCUCUUCGCCUCCAUCUUCCACAUCUACUUCGGCAUCUUCGUCGUCGUGCACUGGUGCGCCAUGGCCUUCUGGGUCAUCCAUGGGGGCACCGACUUCUGCAUGUCUAAGUGGGAGGAGGUGCUCUUCAACAUGGUGGUGGGAAUCGUCUACAUCUUCUGCUGGUUCAACGUCAAGGAGGGCAGGACCCGAUAUCGCAUGGUGGCCUACUACUUCGUGGUGCUGGCUGAAAACACCGUCUUGACCUUACUGUGGUACGUCUACAGGGACCCCGCCACCACCGAUUCCUACGCCGUAUCGGCCCUGUGCGGGGUCUUCCUGAGCUUCGUCUCAGGUGUGCUCUUCAUGUUCUUCUACUACGGGGUCCUGCAUCCCAUGGGUCCCAGGGUCCGGUUGCUAGCUAGCUCCUGCUGUGCCGAGCUCCUGUGGGGCCUUCCCUUGCCCCCAGAAGCUGAGCCCAUGGCCCCCACCCCGGGCCCCCGUGGAUCCCAGGCGACCCCAACCACGGGGGAUUACACCCAGCAGGAGGAGCUAUCUGCUGAUACGUGCCUGCCCGUGUUCCAGGUGAGGUCCACCGCACCCACGACACCCUCAGGCCGUCCUUCCCGUCCCGAAGGACCCCUCAUCAAGAUCGACAUGCCAAGGAAGCGCUACCCAGCGUGGGAUGCCCACUUCGUGGACCGGCGUCUGAGGAGAACUAUCAACAUCCUGCAGUACAUCACUCCCACCGCCGUGGGCAUCCGGUACAGGGACGGGCCCCUUCUCUACGAGCUCCUCCAGUACGAGUCCUCUCUGUGACCCAGCCCCGCCUACACUCCUCCUCCUCUCUCUCCUUCUCUUUACCUCCCCAUAUCCAUUCACCAUGCGUCAGCUUUUCAUUCCUUCAUUUGCAUUACAUCCCAAAGAUGAAACAGGAGCUACGUUUCAGGUGUUUUAAAUCAGACCGCUGCACACCUGACCGGUAUUACGGGAUUAUGAAAUUAAGAAAUGUAUUUACACAAAAAAAGAAGAAUUCUGAUAAAUAUUGUGUCAAAAAAAUCUGCAAAUGGUAGUAGAUCUGAUUUUACCUUGUUCCUGUAAGUUUUUUAUGUCUAGGAGGGGGAAAAAUCCCUUUUUUAAUUGUUUAAUAUUGUGUUCAGUGUGUGUAACGGUCAGGUUCCCCUGAGGGCUGGAGCCUGCAGCCAAACUGAAAACGGAAUCAUUCGUUCAUGCUACCGGAGCUCCUGAUAAUGGGAAUGAUGGAGGAAAAAACAGGUGUCCUUCUCAACGCCCCCUUUCAUUCACGCCUCGCGCUCUGUUUCCGUUUUUCUUUUCUUUCUUUCUUUUAACGUAAGGAAGAAACGGCAAAUUUAAUCAAAGAUCCAGAUCGGAAAGUUUUUUUUAUGGGUAAAAUUUUCUGUUAAUAGCAGACAGGCUUCCAGCGAAUCCCUGCUAUCUUUUUCUAAAGAGGGUAGGAGAGAAAGAGAGAGAGAGCGAGCAAGAGAGGAAGAGAGAGAACAUGAGAGAAAGGCAGAGAGAGAGAGAGGUGGCAUUAUCCUCUGAAGCCUUAAUUUAAAGGAAUACACUUGAUCCCGCUCAUUUUGUGUUUUUUAGCAAUGUGAUCAGGUGAUCCCGGUUUCCCGUCUCGGUUUCACGCAAACGCCGCCACUCCCAGGUGCAGAUUUGCUGAAGAUCACUCAGCUGGUGCUAACAACAUCUCAGUGCUGCGUCGCGUGAGUUGAUAAGUGUCUCCUGGAGGUGAAGAAAUCGGGAUAAGGGAUUUACGUAGCGAGUAGCUAAUUAGAGUGCAAUUCCUUCUGCUGUCUUAGUAUUGUUACAUAAAGCUCUCUUUUUUCAGGGAUAAAAUUAACAUGAUACUGUGCAAUGCAUUAUUUUUGUGAAAGUAUAUGCACAAAACAUCUCCGCCGGUGAGGUUAUUUCUCAAAGGUUUACGCGUGUAAAUGCACAGCAGCCCAAAGCACAACAUGUAACUUGAGGGUUGAGGAAAACCCAAAGAGUUCAGACUGACAGCUUUUCGGGAAGCACAGAGAGGUGGGACAGUAUCUGGAUCUCGGCUCCCACCCCCCACCACCCCGGGAGGGACCUCAAUGAUCACUGUUAUACCACAUGAUUCAUCCCAGCUGUCUCUAGUUUGCCACAAAACCUAUAAAUUAGUGUCUUUCUCCCACACAGACAGAUUUCUGAGACUCUUUCCGAUUGUGGGUUAAUGUUUGUCAUUCCCCAACACUGAUGAGUCUCACUCUUCCCUCUCCCAGUUAGUACUAAUUUGAUCUCUUCCAUUCCCAUUCCCUGAUAAACCUGAUAAAUCUUCCCGCCUGUGAUUCAUCUGGCUUCUGUUCAGUAUGCCUAUAUUUGUACAAGAAGUAUCCCUUAAUACCAAAUGUCAUUAUUUUAGGGCACAUUGGCUAUAAUUCAAAAGUGAUAAAAUUGAUGAAAACCUUUACAGUUAAAGGUCUUUCCAUCGAAUGGCGGAAAGACCCUGGAAAAUCUUAGGAUAAAUGCAUCAUUUUAAAUGACACUGUCUAGCAUCUGUCUGGCUGUUGAGUUGACAGGGAAGGCGAUAUUACUGCUGCUAAUAUUACCGACAAAAUUCCUGUGGGAAUCAGGAGACCUACCAGGCCCACAAAUAGAAAAAUAUCAAAUUAUAUUUAAAAAAAAAGAAGUUAAAUAAAUAAAUAAAUAAAUAAAUUCAUUAAUAAAGUUUGAAGGACAUGUGCAUAUAUGCAUAUGUUUUUGUUAUAUUUAAGUUUAAAUCAAUAGAUUUAAAGAGAGCACAAUAUCGAAACUAAAGGCACAAUUUUGGUGUUUUUUUCUGGAAUAAACAGAUCUACAACUUCCGCAGAAUUAUUUUGAAAUAGGAAGAUAGAUGCACGAAAUAAUUAAUGAAAAAUACAUUGUUUGAAACAGCUCAUCCUGGGCUAUUCCCUGUCUUGUGACACUGUAUAGGACGAGUGAUUUAAAAGAAGAAUGAAUGAGUGAGUGUUGUUUGAAGGCCACUUGUUCAGUGUACUCCAUCAUUCCCCUCCAAAAAAAUAAAAAAAACAUUUUUGGUGUAUUUGUAUUCCCUCAUUUUCCACCCUUCAGCACCUCUUCCUAUCCUCCGCCUUCCUCUGGUAAUGGUUCUUUAAAAAAAAAAAAAACUUUAAAAAAGCUCAAUGAAAUUCAAGUAAUAAAUGUAUGGGGUGCAAAUUGCAUGUCAUUGGUGCCACAAUGAAUUUUGACAUGCACAUAUUUGUCAUUUGUUUUAAAAUGUAAUUUAUUUUUACAGUGACUGUUUAACUGUCGUUUUGCUUUUGGUUUAGUUUUACGUUUCAUUUAUUUAAGGAUAUUUUUAAGAGUCUACAUUUUAAAGAUAAUGAAACUAGAAGCUAUCUUUGCCUGAAUAUACCUGAAUUUUUACACAGUUUAACAACACGUUGCAGUGUUUAAACGGAUUACUUUUAUAGACAAAAUCUGCUACAACAGAGGUUAGUCUCUCGGCAUACAGGGCUUGCUGCUGCUGGCUCCUGCCUUGCAGUAAUAAAUAAAGCCAAAUCACACCUUUUACUGUACUUUUGUCCCAGUUUUGGUGCCCCUGGACUCCUGUGUUCAAAACUACUGGAGGUGGAUUAGCUUUUUGACAUGAACAGCACACAAAAAUAUGUUCUAACAAAACUCCGGGUUCCCGCCCAAUUGGCCGCGUAUUACAGGUCGCCAAAAAUGCAUUUUCUCAACAAACAAAAAAAGAAUUUUGCCUUUUCCUUAAUAUGCACCUUAACCAGAAAAUUGGGCUCAUUGUUGGUUGUUGGUCUUGUUAGUGUGGUAGAUAUAUACUCUACAGGUUUGGUCGUUUUGUGUUUGCCUGUUGUUUUGUUAUGCAGUGACACUAACAGCUGUCCAGGUGCACCACAAAGAGGAGGACAAUGCUUUUCUGACCCUCUUGUGCCUGCUCAGAUCUUUGCAAGCAGAAGUUGUGCAGGGUUAGACCAAUGGGAAGUAGGGUACUUGCCAGGUAUAGACUAAUGAGGAGAAGGGUUCUUGCCAGGCUUGGAAAAGAAUCCGACAGCAGGCUAUGUGGAGGAACCCAUGUGAACCCAGCUACAAGCUAUUGCAGUGGCAGUGCUGGUUUGGCAAAAAAGCUCCUUAGUUCUGCUUUUCCUCGUUGCCACUGUCCUACCUUUCUGCUCUUGGACCUUUUGGCAUUCACCCGGUCACUAAAAGGGUGGAGUACGUUCAGUGACAACGACGUUAACGAUAGCUGUCUGUUUGGCACAUCAAGGAGGUUUCGGCGGUUCCCCAGAUCCUCGCUGAGGUACCAGACCGGCAAGCCAUUAGCCCGGGAGGGUGCCCAUUUCCUUCCAUUCCUGGGAUACAUGGGCACCCGCACUGCCGGUAUCUGCCAGCUGACUGGCUCAUGUAGGUCACUCGGGGAGAAGGUGCUACGCCGGUCUUCCUCCCAGUCCCGGGAGCACAUGGACCGUGACCCGUCCACGUGGGCUGUUCCAUCCGCUGGCAGGCAGGAUUCAGCUCCAGGCCUGGUUGCUGCUUGCUCUUCCUCCUCAUCCGUGU